CUUCUGAACGGACGUGUCUUCGAGUUGAGUUAAAUAAUAUUUGACGGCACAAAUCAGAAUCAGAAUCGGUUGAAAGUUCAAAAACUUCGCUGUGUGUCGCAUUUUCAAUUGAAAUAAAUUGAAUGCAAUUUGUGAGCCGCUACCGAGACUGCAAUAUGUUUGUCUAACUCCCAUCAAGGAAUCUCUUGCUCGCAGAUUUUCGCGUGUUUGUCGAGCUUCGAGACGCUCUAAUCAACUUCAAUCGAAGCCAUAAACAGAGAAGUGCCAUCCAAUCCCAUACGAAAUGGCUGAUGAAAGUCUGCACACAAUGCCGCUGGAGCACAACAUAGACUAUCAUAUUGUGACAUUGUUCGAGCGCCUCGAUGCGAUGCGCAAGGAAUCGUACGGGAAUGCCACCAACAACCGCCUCUCUAGCACCCUGCAGGCACCGAAGCGAAGCAUGCAGGCGGAGAUUCGCACUCUGGAGUUUUGGAGAUCCAUCAUCAGCGAGUGCCUGGCCUCGUUCCUGUACGUAUUCAUUGUCUGCGGAGCCGCUGCGGGCGCUGGCGUAGGUGCCAGCGUCUCAUCCGUGCUUUUGGCCACAGCCCUGGCCUCCGGCCUCGCCAUGGCGACACUCACGCAGUGCUUUCUCCAUAUCUCUGGCGCCCACAUCAAUCCCGCUGUGACUCUGGCCUGCUGCGUGGUGCGCAGCAUCUCCCCCAUUAGAGCCGCCAUGUACAUGACCGCCCAGUGCGGAGGAGGCAUCGCAGGAGCUGCUCUGCUCUACGGGGUCACUGUGCCUGGCUACCAGGGGAAUCUUCAGGCAGCCAUUUCCCACAGUGCUGCUCUGGCCGCAUGGGAACGCUUUGGCGUGGAAUUCAUCCUGACAUUCAUGGUCGUGCUCUGCUACUUCGUGUCCACCGAUCCCAUGAAGAGGUUCAUGGGCAACUCUGCCAUGUCCAUCGGUGCCGCCUACAGUGCCUGCUGCUUUGUGUCGAUGCCUUACCUGAAUCCUGCUCGCUCCCUGGGUCCUUCGUUUGUGCUCAACAAAUGGGACAACCAUUGGGUCUACUGGUUCGGGCCUUUAGUGGGCGGCAUGGCCUCCGGUUUGGUGUACGAGUACAUCUUCAAUUCACGCAGGAGCCAGCGCCACGCCAAGGGCAGCAUCGAAAACGACUCCAGCUCAAUCCAUUCCGAGGACGAACUGAACUACGACAUGGACAUUGAGAAGCCCAGCAAGUACCAGCAGUCGCAGGGAACUUAUCCGAGGAGCCAGCCCAAUGGCAACGGAGGCGGCGGUGCCUCAGGCGGACAGCAUCCGGCGCCCAACAUGGGACAGGUCGCGGGAGUGGUGGGGGCCGUGCAGGGCAACUACUGUCAGAACCUCUACACUGCUCCGCCGCUUUCCUCUAAGUAUGAGCAGCAGCAAGAGCCGCUUUACGGCGGCACACGGUCCCUGUAUUGCCGCUCUCCCACUCUGACGCGCAGCAAUCUGAACCGUUCCCAGUCCGUCUACACGAAGAGUAACACGGCCAUCAACCGCGACAUUGUACCGCGUCCUGGUCCUCUGGUGCCAGCCCAGAGCCUCUACCCCAUGCGCACCCAACAGCAGCAGCAACAGCAGCAGCAACAGCAGCAGCAGCAGGCGGUAAGUGCCGCCCAGUCCUCCCACCUGCAGAACCAGAACGUACAGAACCAGAUGCAGCAGCGCAGCGAGAGCAUCUACGGCAUGCGGGGAUCUAUGCGCGGACAGCAGCAGCCACUCCAACAACAACAGCAACAGCUACAGCAGGCAACCGUGAAUGGGCAACAGCAGCAACAACAGAUGCAGCCACCGCCACAGCUGAUGGCCGAACAACAAAACAACCACCAGCAGCAGCAGCCGCAAGGCUUCCAGCCUGUCUACGGCACUCGGACGAAUCCAACGCCUCUCGAUGGCAGCCACAAGUACGACCGACGGGACCAGCAGCCCCAACAGCAGCUGUACGGCAUGACGGGUCCGAGGAAUCGCGGCCAGUCGGCCCAGUCGGAUGACAGCUCCUAUGGCUCGUAUCACGGAUCGGCAGUCACUCCUCCGGCGCGGCAUCCAAGCGUUGAGCCGUCGCCGCCUCCGCCACCAAUGCUCAUGUAUGCCCCACCCCCACAGCCUAAUGCGGCCCAUCCACAGCCCAUCCGCACCCAGUCGGAGCGGAAGGUGAGUGCUCCCGUGGUAGUGUCCCAGCCGGCCACCUGCGCCGUCACAUACACAACAUCGCAAGGACCCACACCAACUCCCCAGCAGCAGCAGCAACAGCAACAACAACAACAAAUGAUGAUGCAACAACAGCAGCAACAUUAUGGAAUGCUACCGCUGCGGCCCAACUGAAAGCGGCUUUCGUGGGGUCCAGUGACGACCCCGCCGCCGGGAGCAAUACACGCCCUCGCGCUACACCCUUCGGGAACCAUGACCCUGCACAGCUGCAGCCUAGCCAAGCAGAGCAAUUUGUUUUAGUUGUAUUCGUAGUCGAUAACGAAGAGAAGGAGCAAGCAUCCAAAGGAAGUGUACGCAUAGUCUCAGCCCUUAGUAUAUCCUAAUCAUAGUUUAGCCAACUCCGACGUAUAGCCAGAAUGGAUUGUAGAAUAGUUUGUUUUAUUCCGAGCACCAGAAGGAAAGAAACUCUCACCCAGCAGCAGAUGAUGGGUAACAGUAACAAUAGCCGUAAGAUAUACACGUGAACUAUUCUAAUUGCGGCUACACAUUUAUACUAGACUGAAAGACAUCACUCUAAAGAACUUUAUUUAUUUCUUCUUUUUUGUUUUUUUAUAACUCAAUAUUUCGUGUAUCGAUCAUCAGAAUCUUCCAAUUAAAACGAAUUUGUUUUAGUUUUUUAAUUUUCAUGUGUAUAUAAAUUUCAUUGUCUUAAUCAUAGUACCUAUUUUUAGUAUAUUCCUGUCAUUGGUAUGCCAUUAAGCUCAGAAGUUACUCUAUAUCUGAUCUGUAACUUAUAUCUG